AUGCACACCCCUUCGGGGAGACCACCAAGCUCCUACUCCUCUUCUCUUCAUCAUCUUAAUCCUAUACCUCUUCAUCAUCUUCAUCCUCUACCUCUUCAUCCUCCGCUCAGAGCAAACUUCCAUUCCUCCCUCUACACCUCUACAACUUCUUCAUUCCUCUUCCAUUUCAAACCCAAGAGGUUUCACUUCUUGAAACCAUGUUCCUCACUCAAAGAAACCAAGAAACAACAGACCCUUUCAAAGAGUCCUGACAAUGCGCCUCAGAGCUUUAGAAGGCUCUUGAAAUUGAACCCGAAAGCCGAUCAGGAAGGUGGUGAGAGUGGUGAUGGUGGCUUGGAAGGUGACACUGCCGUUAAAGGUACCCUUUUGGCUGGUCUUUUGCUUGUGAGUGUUGUUGGUGGAUUCGGCGCUGUCGGGUACAUUUACAAGGAGCAGAUCAAUGCUUUCUUGACGCAAUUUUCGGGGGUUCUUGAAGGUUAUGGUCCAGCUGGAUAUGCUCUCUUUGUAGCAGUUUAUGCUGGAUUGGAAGUCCUUGCAAUACCGGCCAUUCCAUUGACCAUGUCAGCUGGUCUGUUGUUUGGCUCUGUCACUGGAACCAUCAUUGUCUCUAUCAGCGGAACGGUGGCAGCAAGUGUUGCCUUUUUAAUUGCCAGAUAUUUUGCUCGUGAACGUAUUCUUAAAUUGGUCGAAGGAAACAAGAAAUUUCUUGCAAUUGACAAGGCCAUUGGUGAAAAUGGUUUCAAAGUUGUUAUGCUUCUCCGUUUGAGCCCCUUGCUUCCAUUUUCUCUAGGGAAUUAUUUGUAUGGGCUUACCUCCGUUAAGUUCGUGCCGUACGUUUUGGGAAGUUGGUUAGGGAUGCUUCCAGGAACAUGGGCUUAUGUGAGUGCUGGUGCAUUUGGCCGAGCAAUUAUUGUGAGUUCACCCUGGAUUCUUGUUCACUAG